UCGUCGAUUGAUUGAUUGAUUGAUUGAUUGAUUGAUUGAUUGAUUGAUUGAUGGGCAAUGAUGGGGCGGAGACGACGAGAGUGGAGCAGGGACUGGCGGGACAACGAGGUGGAGGAGAAGAGGGCGAGGAGGAGGAGGAGGAGGACGACGAUGAAGAAGAAGAGGGCGAGGAGGAGGACGAAGAAGAGGUGGAGGAGGAGGAGGGAGGUAGUGGCGAUGGAGAAGAACGAGGAGGACGACGGCGAAGGAGGAGGAAGAGGAGGAGGAGGAGACCUUGACGAUGGCGGAGGAGGAGGAGGAGGAAGAAGAGGAGGAGGAGGAGGAGGAGGUGGAGGAGGAGAAGGAGGACGACGGAAAGGAGGAGGAGGAGGAGGCCGCGCGAAGAGGGCGAGGAGGAGGAGGGGGAGGAGGAGGAGGAUGACGAAGAAGAAGAGGGCGAGGAGGUGGACGAAGAAGAGGUGGAGGAGGAGGAGGGAGGUAGCGGCGAUGGAGAAGAACGAGGAGGACGACGGCGAAGGAGGAGGAGGAGGAGGAGGAGGCCUCGACGAUGGCAGAGGAGGAGGAGAAAGAAGAGGAGGAAAAGGAGGAAGAAGAGGAGGAGGAGGAAGAAGAGGAGGAGGAGGAGAAAGAAGAGGAGGAGGUGGAGGAGGAGAAGGAGGACGACGAAGAGGAGGAGGAGGAGGAGGAGGCCACGAGGAGGAGGAGGAGGAGGAGGAGGAGGAGGAAGAGGAGGAGGAAGAAGAGGAGGAGGAGGCGGACAACGAAGAGGGGGAGGAGGAGGAAGAAGAGGAGGAGGUGGAGGAGAAGGAGGACGACGAAGAGGAGGAGGAGGAGGAGGAGGAGGAGGCCACGGUCAAUGAGGAGGACGAGGAGGAGGAGGAAGAAGAAGACGAGGAGGAGGAAGAAGAGGAGGAGGAAGAAGAGGAGGAAGAAGAGGAGGAGGAAGAAGAGGAGGAAGAAGAGGAGGAGGGUCCGACGAUGGAGGAACUGGCUCACCUAGCAUGGGCGGGCAAUGGCUCAUGGGAGGGCAGGAACCUUCUUCCCCGCAAUGAACGUUGUGCACCGUUCGCUGUCGUUACGAUUGCGGAAAAAAACACAUUGUCCUCGGAUAGCGCUGUGCGACAUUCGAGUAUUCGACUAGGUGAAAACGAGUGCGGGGUUCCCACCGGUGCAACGACUCAUUGGCGUGGUGGGAAGGUGUUGGACACGGGGCACUCUCUGCCCCGCGGCCAUGCGAGUUUCGUAGAGGAACGGGGGCGCGAAUGGGCAUUGAACGAGGAUUUAGGACGGACACAAGGACAGCGGGCUGCCCUGUCUGAAGCGUCGAGUCGUAGUUACGACUUUGGUGCUUGCCACGGUUGGCUCGACGGGGGGUCUCUCGGGGGUGUCGUGCCUGUGCCUUGCUCGGUGUCGUGGCCCGGUACCGAUAACGUAGCUUUCGAAUCAGGGGAGGCUGGCGGAGUCGCUCCGGAUGUUGACUCAACGGUCUUUGGAGACGGACGCGUAUUUCAGCUUCCAUUGGAAAUGGAGCAGGAGCCGUCGUGUGUGCCGCAAUGUGUGCGAGCUGCCUGCUGUGCGGCUGGAAGCCUCGACGGGCUCGAUCCGCAGGGGAAGUCUGUGCCUGUUGAAGGUGGGGUGGGUGGGGGGUCGUGCGAACCUGUGCGGAAGGACAGGGCGAGUGAUGGUCCUGUGAGUGGCGACAACUCAGGUCGCUCGGUUGGACAGGGGUUGGCAUCGAGCAUGGCCACUGCGCGUGCGGCGCGACGGUUGAGAGUGUCGAGCCGGCGAAAGCGCAGGGCGUCGACACCUGGCGAGGGCGCACAACACCGGUCGGACUUGGAAAGACAUGCGCCUGCCAUUGAGGAAGGGGGCGAGGGGGCCGAGGAACGUCACGUCGAUACUGGAAGUCGUUCGGGGGUGGACGUAGCCAUGUUACGUUUCGGCUCCGUGUCCCUCGCAUCCGAUGCGGUGGCUGACUACCCGACUCUUCCAAAGGCAACCCCAACAACAUCACCAAACAAUUUUAUGCGUUCCAUCUGCAUGAGAGGUGUGGUGAGCGUACCACCCUGCUUUGUGCGAAGCGAUUGCUUCAAGAGUACUGCUGCAUGGCAUACGCCAAGGUUGAGACUCAAGGAGAAAAUGCGAUGCGAACGGUACAAGGAGCUGCGGAGAGCUGUCCAGGAGAAUGAGCAUCGGGACGGUGUGGGGACGAAGGUCUUUCUGCCUUCGACCUUCACGGGCGGGCCCCAUUACAUGGCCGAGAAGUAUUAUGACGCCAUGGCCGUUGUUCAAAAGCUCGGGAGACCCGAUUUGUUCAUUACUAUGACUUGCAACAGCAAUUGGCCUGAAAUCUUGGAUGCUGUGAUGCCGGGUCAAGUUCCCAGCGACAGGCAGGAACUGUUGCCGCGUGUGUUUCGCGGUCACCUGAAGCAGCUGAUACAUGAAAUAAAGGACAAGCGCGUCUUUAGAGCGGUGAGCGCGGUCUUUUACACCGUCGAGUUCCAAAAACGCGGUCUUCCUCAUGCACACAUCCUGGUGAUACUCGAUAGGGGCCAAAAACUGUCCAAUCCGGAUGCUAUGGACGAAGCGAUAUCUUCGGAGAUACCGUCGGACGGAGAGCUUCGUGAGAAGGUGUCCAAGUUUAUGAUCCAUCAGUUGUGCGGCGCUGCGAAGCCCUCCGCCGCUUGCACGACAAACAAACGCUGCACAAAACACUUCCCGAAACCGUUUGUGCGAAAAACCACCUUCCAAACGGGGAAAGGGUAUCCUCUGUACAGACGGUCCUCCCCGGAUGCAGGAGGUUGCACGCUUUGCGAGGGCGGCGUCGUGUACGACAAUGGUCGAGUUGUGCCAUAUAACGGAUACCUGCUAUUGCGGUUCAACUCCCACAUUAACGUGGAGUCGUGCGCCAACAUACUCGCUUGCAAGUAUCUGUACAAGUACAUUUUGAAAGGGAACGACAAAGUUAUGGUUGCUGAGUUGGAGAGACAGCACAGCGUCAACGAAAUUCGUAUGUCGCACGAAGUUGACGGCGUGGAUGAGCUGAACAAGGAGCUUCAACGCUGUGGGUGCAACCGUCUUCCGCUCUAUGCUGACAUCACCGAAACCCACAUGUGGCACAAGACUGAGAAGCGGUGGAAAUUGCGCCUUUCGGCUGGGAGAAGUGGCGCCUUUCCCAAGAUCGGCCGCCUGCAGCGUGCGUACCCGGCUCAGGGGGACCUCUUCUACUUGCGCAUCCUCCUCGGGCAUGAACAUUCUCGUGGCGCGACGUCUUUCSCUGCGUUGAGAACGGUGGAGCACGGGGAGUUGGCCACGUUCCGAGAAGUUUGCCAGCGCCUCCACCUUCUUGAUGACGAUUUCGAGUACGACAAGGAUAUGGAAACGGCGGCUCUUCAUUACAUGCCGCACCAGAUCAGGCAAGUCUUCGCCAUGCUGCUUGCGUACGGGCCUGUGUCUGACCCCAUGGCGCUGUUUUUUAAGCACUGGCAGCCCAUGUGUGAGGACUACGUGAGGAAGCUGAGGAGCAUGAGUGUCGCGCCGGGGGUUCUGCAAGCGUUGGCAUUGUUGGACAUUCACGUUCAGCUGCUGGACAUGAAAACCACUAUGGGAGGUGUUGGUUUGGCGUUCCCCGACCCGGAAGCGCAGCGCGUUGCUGAGGAGCUGCGUGCUCGGAUUCUCCUUGAGGGCUUGCCCGAACUGAUCCAAGAGGAGCUCAUGUACGACAGGGCGGAUAUGGAGAGGCAGUGGGGAGCAAACUACCCUUUGCUUCGCCCUUCGCGAAAAGAGCUGGUCGAUGGCGUUAUGUCCGCUGUGCUGAACAGGAGUCCGCUGUGCGUUUUUGUGGACGCUCCCCCCGGAACGGGCAAGACGUUUUGCAUUAACACCAUACUUGCGGGCGUGCGUCGGCAUGAAAACUGCAUCGCUUUGGCGGUCGCGUCCAGCGGAAUAGCGUCACUUCUGCUUCCCGGCGGACGAACGUUCCACUCGCGGUUUCAGGCGCCUCUUCGGCCUGAUGCUAAGAAAGCUUUUCCUAUUCGAAGACAGGGGGAACUUGUGCGGUUGAUAAGAAUGUGCAGCCUUAUAGUUUGGGACGAGGCGUCGAUUACGCACCGCGCGCAGUUGGAAGCUCUCAACAUCACCUUGCAGGAUAUCUGUCAAACGGACGAGCCCUUCAGUGGUAAGGUGCUUUUGCUGGCGGGUGACUUCAGGCAGGUUUUGCCGGUGGUGAGAAGAGGCAGUCGGCCAAAGCAAAUCAGGGCUUCCAUAAAAUCGUCGCCGUUGUGGGCGCACUUCAAAACGCACAGGCUACACGAGAACAUGAGGGUUCUGCGUCGUGGCGAUGAUGAGGUCGAAAGAAAGUUUGCUGCUUUCCUGCUGCGUGUGGGUGACGGGGAGCACGACGUUGUGGACCCUGCGGAUCCCGAGACGAUUGAGCUGCCGCCGGAGAUAUGCAUGGCCCUGGAUCUUGGUGCACUCAUUGACUGGACGUUUCCCGACCUCGGUCGGCAUCUUCACGACCCCGACUACCUCACGGGGAGGUUCGUUUUGUGCCCCAAGAACGACGCUGCGUAUGUUAUCAAUAAUCUGAUUUUGGAUGGUCUCCCCCAACGGGACAUCCUCUACAGGUCACUUCACAGCGCACCUACGGACUCGUACGGUUUGAACGUUCCGGUUGAGUACCUCAACAGCUUGAGUUGCUCCGGCUUGCCGCCGCAUGUGCUGCGCAUAAAGGAGGGGGUUCCGAUUAUGUUGCUGAGAAACAUCUCUGUGCAAAUGGGCAUGUGCAAUGGCACUUGCCUGAUUGUUAACAAGUCCGUGUCCGGACGGCUCAUCGAAGCCACGAUUCUGCCCAGUCAUAAGAUCGCUGUGAUACCUCGGAUGACUCUUGACUCCGACGACUCUGAUGGCUUCCUGUGGAAGAGGCGACAGUUCCCCUUGCAUCUUGCCUUUGCGAUCACGAUUAACAAGUCCCAGGGUCAGAGCGUGUCGAGGGCUGGUUUGUAUCUUGAGAAACCUGUGUUCGGUCAUGGUCAGCUGUACGUUGGUCUGUCGCGUGCGGGACAUCCCGAUGACAUUUGUGUUGCGCUCCCUGCCGAUUCCACAAGAACGAAGAACGGUAGGGCACCUCCUGCUAGCAACGCCGCGCACGGUUCUGCACUGGAGACCGGUUCCACGCCUGCAUGCGGGAGCAGGAAUCAGUCGCUCCUUGCAUCCGCUUUUUCUCCUGACGAUGAGGACUUCCUUGAUUACGAUUACGACGAAGUUCCGGCGACGCUUGACGCGCCGUCUGAGCCUGAACGCUGCGGUCGGACGCCGACGGAAUCGGUGCGCGCGAGGAGCCCUUUAGCUAUCCAUACUCCCAUGGGUUCGCUUCUGCUGGAUAUAUACCAGGCAGGUGUGGACAUUGGGGAUUUAUCUGGGGAUGAGUCGACCGAUUCCUGGGAGUGGGACCGAUCGUCGCCGGCCGAACUUCGCGGUGGAUCGGAUGGAGCGCCUGCUCGCUAUGUCGGCCAGUCGAGUCCAUACGGUGUAUCGGCAGGUAGGUCACCGCUCCCCCCCACAACUCCUGUGGCCGCUGCCCAGAUGAAUGCUGAUUGCGCGCGUGCGCACGGGGUGAGUAAGCAGGCGUGCGAAAUCGAUGCCGGCACCGACAACUUACAAACGCCGUUUACGGCGUCUACAAAGCGCGUCCGAACUUCCCAGCCGGAUGGGACUUCGACCUUUGUCCCCUACAUCCGACCUUCCCAAUCCUCCGCUCCGGCUGUGCAUGAUGGAGCUCCGCCUUUGCGACCGUUCGGAUCUACUCCGGCAUGCGGAAAUUGCGGGCCGGUGUCAGUGUUUGCAAAGCUGCCACGCGAGGUCGUUGUAGGGCCCAGUUUGACGUCGGACGCUGCGCAUAGACCCGAUGCUUCAUCCUCGCUUGCACGGAGAGGGGCAACUGACUCCGGGCAGUCCGAAAAUGUAGUCAUGGGCCCGAUGAUCACACCAUCCUACGGCCGCAAUGGUUUUCGGCCCGGUACGACACUGGUUUAUCACGACAUAAACUCCUACGAUCCGCCUAUCUGGGUGGAUGCGAAAAGGACUGUCAUUCUUGACGGCAAGAAGCAGAGGAUAGUCGAGUCUUGGACGGACGUUCUCGACAGGGUUGGUAGGAGACGAAUCGUGAAUUGGAUGCUCUUCGGGCUGUUCUUGGAUGGAGACCGGGUAGAGCCUACGGAACACAUUUGGCUAGACUUUUUGCUUGCGAGAGGCAGGAUCGAGCGUGGGUUUGUCCCGCAUCGUGACAAAUUUCUGUGCGAUAACGGAUCGCUGGACGACGCGCAUGAGCUUAUUGAGGCCAUCCUCCGGCAUGAACAUGCCACGAGGCCUGGAUUUGACGUUCCGAGUCUUUGUGAAAAAGUCGCUAAAUUUGAGGAUGAUUACGUGCCGUUUGAGAUCUAUAGGUACGCUAGAUUGGAUGAAAUUGCUUCACGUCUGCCGGACGUGCCGAGGGUAUCACGUCCUUAUGCCAAGGCUUGUCACGGAGAUUGCCUGAUUGCCACAUAUGCACCCCCCGUGCAAUGGGUUUCGCAGGCCUACAUCCGUACUCGAACUCGCAGGAUAGCAGAGGCCUCUGCUGCGCGUGAUUACGCACAUGGCCGGUCGCCAUUGACGUUCAGCAAGCCGGCAGCCAACUCUCCGAUGACUCCAGCCUUCACCGCACCUGCUGCGCGCCGUGUGCAGCGUAGUUUGUUUCUCCCUGCGACACCCCCGCCUUUCCCUCUUCCCGCAGCCGACCGUGAGGCCGGAUCCUCCGCGUGCAAACACUGUUCUGCGCAGCUUUCCGCAGGGCCAUCUGCGUUGCGACAAAUAGGUGCUGUGAUGGCUGCGAAGAACGAAGCCGUCGAGGACUGUAGUGCUGUUGAGGCCGUGAUGUUCGUGGAUUAUUGUCGCCAAGGUUACAACAAGGUCGCCAGCUUCGAACAGUACAAGACAGCUGCGGCCUCCUACAUCGCCAAGGACGAUCCCUCCAUUUCUUUGCUCAGCUUCGGUCUCCAUCACCACGUCUGCUUCUUCUGCCACUUGCUACUCUACCCUCACGCUAAAAUGUCUCCGAAGAAUCGCGGUGCUGCCAAGGAUCCUCACCCUUUGCUUGCUAAGUCUAUCGAGGAGGAGGAAUCUGUACGUUGGCGGAUAGCCGAACUCAACGAGAAGCUGGUUAAGCUUCGCUCCCGUGGCUACGACGACACAGACGUCCGAUGGUUGCGUGUGGAGGAAAAGAUUGACGAGGCUGAAGAAAAACGUCAGCGAGCCGCAAGCAGAGCUGAGAGGAUGCGCAACAUCAUUGAUGCCGGUGAUAUUUAUAGCGAUGCAGAUUAUCGUAGUGGAGAUGAAUGGAUAGAAGAGCAAGAAGAGGCAUCAGACUCUACCGAUCCAGAGGAGAUGGUUACUGACUACGAUGUGAGCGACCUGGAAGCAGCGGUGGAUACUGACUACGCUGACGCUGACGAUGACACAGAUGAUGACAACUCUUCCUCCGACGAUUCCACAGAGGAAGGAGAUGGAUCCACCAAUCUCUCUACUCUCUGUUUCUCUGUAUUGUUCUCUGCUCUGAGCUACUCGCGUCUCUCAUAUCCCCUGAAUGGAAUUACUUCGCAUGACGACCUCGGCACUUUCCGCUUUCGGGUGGGACUUAGCGGAUCUGCGGGACACAUGGCAAUUCGUGGACCGUUGAUUACCUCAUCAUGUCCAUCGCCGCAGUUGCCACCUACGGCCUUCACAUUGCCGCAUGUUCUGCAUGUAGAAACAGCAAGCCAGAUCAAGGAAAGGUUGGAGAGGGAGUACUUGACACCGAGGCUGGACCACAAAGAGGGUGACAGCGUUGUGCAGUGUGGCCUUACGUGGGACGUAGAUUGGCUGAGCGACUGGACGCGUGCGGAACCGACACCUUGUCGCGAUGUGGUUGAACCCGUGUGGCGCCCACAUUUGAAGACGCCGAAGCUUGUGAAUGAGGCUGAUUGCAAUCAUCAUGAAGAUGAUCGACCUUGUCGCUGUGAUAGACCAGAUAGCUUUGAGCAACAACCGACGCCGGAGAUCCCUGAGUUUCGCGAGGUAGAGAUCGCUACUUUCAACGAGACUGCGAGCAACUCGUCUUCGUUGCUGCGGCGGAUGGGACGCCCCGAGGAUUUUGUGAGGGGAAGCAAAAGCUCCCAGCCUUUCCAACCAGGAGGAUUUGAUGGGGGAGGAGGUGACGAAGGUCGACCGCGUGCUCCGCCGGAUGCAGAGAAUGGGGGUUGGCUUCACGAAGUUUUGCACCAAACAGGUCCAUGGCAGACGGUUCCACCCGGGUUCAAGCAUGGAAUUAGGUUUGACGAUGAGCCACAGCCAGAGGACUCGAAAAAGGAGGAGGCCGAUAAGGCGAUUCGCAUGGGAGAUCAGCAUCAACAGGUUUCGACGCUAAGUUUUGGGAGUAUCUUCCAGAAGGCUUGGGAGACAAGCUAUGGAGGGGAAGAAGGGGAAGAGGAGGAAGAGGAGGAGGAUGAAGAAGAGGAAGGCGAAAACGUGAAGAUGCGAAGAGAUGCAUCAGGGGCGGAGGCUUCAGUGGCCCGUACUGCGUUCUCAGGAAGAGCGCAAGGAGAAGCCGUGGUUGAACUCCCAGCAAGGCCAGCAGAAACAGGAGUAGUAGGUGUGGGAGGAGGAGGAGGAGGAGCAGGAGUGGGGGGAGGAGGAGGAGGAGGAGAAGAAGAAGCAGUUCCAAGGAUCAAAGAUCAAGAUGAACUCUUGGAUAAGCUUCUCUCCCGGACUCCCGGCCAGUUGGAUAUGCUAAGUCAGAAAGGCAUUUCCGACAAAGAAAGGAAGGAAGAGGUCUGGGCUAUCAUGGAUGGCAUGCAUGGAAUUGAUAAAAGGUUCAAGGAGCUGGUACCAGAGAUGGCUAUGGAGUUUCCAUUCGAGCUGGACACGUUUCAGAAGGAGGCUAUUUAUCGGCUUGAAAAUUACGAGUCGGUAUUUGUGGCUGCGCAUACGUCGGCAGGGAAGACAGUUGUUGCAGAAUAUGCAUUCGCUUUGGUGACGAAGCAUUGUACUCGUGCGAUAUACACGUCACCAAUCAAGACCAUAUCAAACCAAAAGUUCCGUGACUUCAGCGGCAAGUUUGACGUCGGGCUUCUCACUGGUGAUAUCAGCAUCAGGCCUGAGGCUCCUUGCUUGAUCAUGACAACAGAGAUCCUACGAUCAAUGUUGUAUAGAGGUGCGGAUUUGAUCCGCGAUGUCGAGUGGGUAGUAUUUGAUGAGGUGCACUAUGUAAAUGAUGCCGAGCGUGGUGUCGUGUGGGAGGAGGUCAUCAUUAUGCUGCCUGACCAUAUCAACAUGAUCAUGCUCUCUGCUACUGUACCCAAUACUAAAGAGUUUGCGGACUGGAUUGGGCGCACGAAGCAAAAGAAGAUCUUUGUCACUGGAACGACACGAAGGCCAGUGCCAUUGGAACACAAUCUGUUCUAUUCAGGGAAAUUGUACAGAAUCUGUGAUCGAGAGACGUUCCUUCCAGAAGGACACCGGGAAGCUAUGGUUGCCCACAAAGCGAAGAAUGAGAAGAAAGCGCCAGCAGGAGGGAUGGGCCAAGGCCGUGGAGGAGCAGGAGCAGGUGGACGAAGCCGCACAGGCGCUAGUGGACAGACGAAAGCAGCAGCUGCACAGGCAGCAAGAGCAAUAGGCUCUGCGAUGACAGGUGGCGGCGGUGGUGGUUGGAGAUCUGAGACGUCUCAAUGGUAUAACUUCUUGGACAUGCUGAAGAAACAGAGUCUGCUGCCGGUGGUUGUGUUUUGCUUUUCGAAGAAUCGAUGCGACCAGAUUGCAGACAGCCUAACUGCGUCUGACCUGACUACCAGCCAAGAGAAAAGUGAGAUCAGGGUUUUCUGUGAUCGUGCGUUUUCACGGCUGAAGGGUACGGACAGGCAGUUACCUCAGGUACUGCGUAUUAUGGAACUCUUGAAGAGGGGCAUAGGGGUACAUCACGCAGGCCUGCUGCCCAUUGUCAAAGAAGUUGUGGAAAUGCUGUUCUGCCGUGGUGUAAUCAAGAUCCUUUUGUCGACGGAGACGUUUGCGAUGGGUGUCAACGCUCCUGCAAGAACCGUGGCCUUUCACGGCUUGCGCAAGCAUGAUGGCAAGACAUUCCGUCAAAUACUGUCCGGAGAGUACACACAGAUGGCCGGCAGAGCGGGAAGACGUGGCCUUGAUAAGGUGGGAACGGUGAUUAUUUUGUGUUGGGAUGAUAUAAUGGAGGAGGGUGACUUGCGUCGGUUGCUGACAGGGAAAGCAACAAAACUGGAGAGUCAGUUCCGCCUCACAUACAACAUGAUCUUGAAUCUCCUGCGGGUAGAAGACCUGAAGGUUGAAGACAUGCUGAAGCGAAGCUUUGCAGAAUUUCACGGACAAAAGACAAUGCCUUUGCACAUGCAGGAGCUUAUAAAGAGGGAAGGGGUCUUGAAUGGCAUGAACACCGAAAUCAACUGCAUACUGGGGAGUCCAACAAUUGAGGAAUAUUAUGAGAUGGCAGUCGAGGCAGAUAGAGUUGGUGAGCAGCUUAUGGAGACCGGGCUGCAGUCGCGAGUCGCACAGCAAGCGCUGGUACCAGGACGUGUAGUCCUCGUGAGAACAGCGGCUGAGAGUCCUUCGCUUGGCGUGAUUGUACGGGGAUCAUCCGGCGAAGGCCAAUCACGCCCGUACAUCGUUCUUGCUCUCCACCGUGGCCCUGUUCCAGCAUCUGCACAAGCGAUGUUGGCUCCAGCCGGCCAAGACGUUGUUGGCGGUGGCGGCAGCGGCGGCAACAACUUUCCCACCACCCUUCCCGGCGAUUCGCCGCUGGAUGGCAUGGCGAUGAUGCGCGUCCAUCGGAAGGGCCAGAAAGACGUUGACUACAGCGUCUUCAGUGGUGGCUCGAAGAAAGGACCAGAGGUAGUGACAAUUGCCCUCCCGCGCUAUGGGGAGGUUGGAGGAUCAGGGUACGUGGUGAUGAAUGUCGACAAGAGAGGUAUCCUCAGCAUUUGCAAGGCAAGAGUAAAAGUGGACACGUCAGCAAUAUUAGAACAACCACGACCAGUUGCAUAUGCGUCAGCGGUACAACAGCUAGAGCAGCUGGAACGGGAGAAUCCAGGCCAAGAUCCUGCAGCGCUGGAUCCCGUGAAAGACCUGAAGCUGAACGAUGUGGAGACUAUUGAGAGGUAUCGACGAAGGCAGGCACUGCAAGCGGCAAUGGCCAGAAAUCAAUGCCAUCGAUGUCCAAAGCUGCAGGAACACUAUGCGGAGGUGCGAAAGCGUGCUCUUCUCCGAGAACAUGUCAGAGACCUCAAGUUCAUCGUUUCGGAUGCGAAUCUGCAGCAAAUGCCAGAGUUCAGGCAGCGGCUGGCUGGCGGAGGCGACGAUGGCGAUGCUGCACCCUGGAAAGACCUACCGACGAUGGCGCGGCUGCACCGAGUGAUGGUGCAGCUGGUUGGCGGUGGUGACGAGCGCGCGGCUGGCUGUCGGAGACGACGACAGAGCGGCUGCACAGACUGGAGGUUGUUUGAAACUGCUUGCCGUAUCGGAGCAGUGCAAGGCUCUUGCGGGUUACAGGUGUCGCCUGCCGAAUAUGCGCAUGGAGCGUUGAAGUUUGGGCUUAUGGAAGUCGUGUAUGAAUGGGCAAAGGGAACGCCUUUUGCGGACAUUUGCGACCUCACGAAUGUGCCUGAAGGCACGGUCGUAAGGGCGAUUGUGCGCCUGGAUGAACUGUGUCGAGAAUUCCGCGAUGCAGCACGGGUCAUCGGCGAUGCCACCUUGUUCCAGAAACUGGAGGUUGCAUCAGCCUCAAUCAAAAGGGAUAUAGUUUUUGCUGGUAGCCUGUAUAUAACAGCUGGACAAUUUCCCAUGCUCAUUCGAUCUGGUGACAUGCUUGCUGUAGCCAUUCGAGUGCAAAUAUGACAUGAGUUUGUUAUGCUAAACUGUAAGUUGGGUGAGAGUUUUGUCUGCUGGCGUGCGUCGCUGAACUUUGGUUAUCGAAAUAAGGGAGAUAUUCGUGUUCUUGAAACUCUUUGUUUUUGACUUCACUCCUUUGCUGAUGUGUAGCAGCAUCUCGCUGUAGCAAUUUUAGUGCAAAUGUGGCUGGGGGCCAAUUCUUGCUGUUGGGCUGUGGACACCUGUCCUGCAGUCGUUGGAUCCAAAAUAACGAUUACGGCCAUUAGGUAGGCGCUUUAACCGUGUUACGCACUGUACUGCCGUCUUCACCCGAAUACAAGGCCCACUCAGUAAAGCUGUAUUUUUUAG